AUGUUUCAAGCUUUAUUGUUUGAUGCGCAGAGUAAGCAAAUACGAAGUUCUUCCUCAAAUCCUGUUUAUUUCCGUUCUAAAAUGGCUCACAAGAUAAAGGAUGUUCUGUCGUCCUUUGAAGAGCUUUAUGUGCAAUCAAAUCAAAUUGGCCUUCAAGCGGGGCAAUUGGUGAGCUCAAUUCCUAAUGAAGAACAAAUGAGAUUAUCAGUUUUUUUUGUGGAGGACUCAAAGAUUGUGGGUAGGGAGAAAGAUGUUUUAACAGUUACACAAAUGUUAACUGCAAUUGACUACAAGCUACAAGAUUUAGAGGUCGGAAUGAAUGAAACUAAAGCCUUGCAUGUAUCGCUCACUUCAUGA